UAAAGAUUAACUUUUUAUUUAGUGUAGUUUAAUAAUAAAGCUGUUUUUAAAGCUUACUUUACCUGUACGAGAAAUUAAUUCUAUAUAGAGAAUAGAGAUAUUAAAAUUUAUAUUCGGCCAUUUUAUAUUCGAACCCAAGCGAACCGUUUAGUCUUAACCUCAAAGUUUUUAUCAUAAUUAUUUUACAUAGCAUACGAAUUUACAAUUAUAUUUAUGUCUUACAUUACAUUGCUCCUGCCCCCAUCAUGAUCAAAUUGAAGGUGUGCCGUUUGUGUUUAAACCCUAAUAAUUUAAUAGACGUUUUUUAUUCAAAAACGUCGUGCGCUGGGGUGAAUCACCUUAGAACCUGCAUAUUACUAUGCACUGGUAUAAAUAUAUUGUUUGAAGACAGCAUUCCAAAGUAUGUGUGUAAAUCAUGUUGCGAUCUGAGUUUGAGAUUAUAUCAGUUUCGAAAACAAGCACUAGCCACCGAAAAAGCCCUCAAUAAAUUUGAACAAAUACAAAUAUCUGUAAGCUACAACUUUCCAGUAGAUGUAAUCCAAAUAACAGAUUUAAACCGCCUCUUGAUUAAAAAUUCAAACAUCGAAGUACGAUUAACCACAUCAUUCAGCGAAAAACAAGACACAAGUAUCAAAUUACCAAAUAAUGAUUACGCAGUUCAUCCAAGUGUAACGAAUAUUGUAAAAGCACAUAAGAAUAUCAUUUUACCAAAUGAAGUGUUAAAGGAUGAUUUGAAUCCUGUGGUGACGUUGGAUACAUUUUGGAUUUAUGAAUAUUCCGAUGUUGAAUCUGAUGCAUCCGAAAACCAAUUGGAUUCUGAAUCUUCUUUGCUUCAUUUAAAAACUAAUACUACUUCUGAAUUAUGCAAUAUUAAAACUCGAAGAAGCUGCGUAAAUAAUUAUAAUAAGAUUGAUAAUAUCUGUGAUGAAGAUGAAAACUACUUGACGUGUAAAAAAAAACGGAAAACUUCACUCCGAACUACAACGCAACAACCACGUAAACGUUCAAAAUCAAUUUCAGUAUUAAAUAAAUUAAAAGACGAUGAUAAGUCGGCGACAGCGUUUCAGACUUCAAAAGUAAAUGUUUUCACGUAUAACAUGUUUUUUCAUUCGUAUGAAUUUAAUUAUAUUAAAAACAUUUAUGAUGGGUACUCCAAAAACGCUAAAAAUCACGCUACGAAAUGUGUGAAUACAGAUUUCAGUGCCAAUAUUAUAGUGAAAAAAACAGAUAAAUGCUUUGUACUUGAAAAUCUGUUAUGGCAAUUAUCAAUAUUUCAUAUACCUAUAGAAUAUAGUUAUGAUGAAAUUCCUCAGGUACAUGUUUUUAAAAGUCGAAAAAAAGAUGAAGAUUUAGAUUCACCCUUGAAUUAUACAUGGAUUGGAUGUAACGUUAUUGAUCUUCAUAAAAACUCUUUAAAGUAAAUAAGUCGUGUGCAGUAUUAUGUUAAGGAAAUAAGGUUUUUAUGUGUUCAAAUAGUUUUAAAAUAUAUAAUAAUAAUAAUA